CAUACUAUCCUCCACAGUAACACGCACCACAUCGCACACUCCGGUCAUUCACUUCCCUCAAAUUCACCUCCCAAUAUGCCCCUAUCAAAAGAAGCCUACCUGAGUGAUUCCUGGAAGGAUGGCCUGUUUACGAACAAAGUCGUUUUUUGCACGGGAGGUGCAGGAACUAUUUGUAGCGCUCAGGUCCGCGCUCUGGUUCAUCUAGGUGCCAAUGCUUGCAUCGUCGGCAGAAAUGUUGAUAAGACCGAGAAAGCAGCCCAGGACAUUGCGACCGCCCGUCCUGGUUCCAAGGUCAUCGGCAUUGGCGCCGUGGACGUACGAAAACUGGAUAGCCUUCAAGAUGCGGUGGAUCGCUGCGUCCGAGAACUUGGUGGGAUUGAUUUUGUCAUCGCCGGAGCGGCCGGUAAUUUCCUCGCCUCUAUCAACCAGCUCUCAGCGAACGCUUUCAAAUCGGUCAUGGACAUUGACGUCCUGGGGUCUUACAAUACCCUCAAGGCGACUCUACCGUACCUAGUUGAGUCGGCCAAAAAGCACAGAGUGGACUCGAAAACGCUCAAGCCUUCUGCGGCAGGUACCGGAGGACGUAUCAUUUUUGUCAGUGCUACCAUUCAUUAUAGGACGAUGCCUUUCCAAACGCACGUGUCAGUUGCCAAGGCAGGCGUGGAUGCACUGUCGCACAGUGUUGCUAUUGAGUUUGGCCCUCUGGGCAUCACCUCCAAUAUUAUUGCACCUGGACCCAUUGCUUCGACAGAGGGUCUCGACCGUCUCCUCCCGAGUGACAGUAUGGAGGCUUACACUAAGUCGCAGCCGCUAGGCCGAUUCGGCUCUGUGCGUGACAUCGCUGACGCCACCGUGUAUGUCUUUGCAGACACUGGCAGUUAUGUCAGUGGUCAAACUCUAGUUGUUGAUGGCGCAUCCUGGAGGAUGUCGGCCGGUGGUGCAGCCUAUGGAAAGCUUUCGUAUCCUGAUUUCCUCCUUUCAGGCGACGCAGUUCCCAACGUGAAAGGCCAGAAGACAUCCAAACUUUGAUGGUGCACCCCCAGUUGAGUAAUAAUUUUUCUGUUUAUGCUUUGCUCAGUAUAGAAUUCGUCGUCAACUUCCAUAGCAAGUAUUGUUAAGAAGGGCAGCACUUGUGCUUUGCGGACAAAGAGGCCCUUACAAUUUCAAAGACCCCAUUCGUUUCACAGUGUUCUCCAGCUCUGUCGAAACUCCACGUGUCAUGCUACAUCGAACAAGACAACAAAGAAACCGAUGAAAUAUCAAGACAAUGCCCGGGAUUGACAAAACUGCCCCUCAGGCGAAAUCCGAAAUUUGAGAAAGUUUCAGGGAACUAUCAAUAGAUUCGAAUAAAGGCCCAGU